ACAACUCAAACUGACAUAAUAUAGUCACUGCAGUAGACUCAGCACUUAAACAUAGCUAGCUGAUGACUCUACAAAUACACCCCUGAUAGAAUAUCAUAUUUCGUCUCGUCUCCAGACUUUCUGCGCUCGGGGCAAUUGAUAAGAUCCCAUACCUAGGGGGCGGCACCAGGACAGGAAAAGCCAUCCAAUACAUGAGGGAACAGAUGUUCUCAGCCACCAUGGGCGCGCGAUCUGGUGUGCCGAGGAUCGGCAUCGUCAUUACAGACGGCAAAUCUCCGAACAUCCAGAACACAAAGACUCAGGCUGAUGCGGCGCGGGGAGCUGGGAUUGAGAUGCUGGCAGUUGGUAUCGGGUCAAGCGUGGACAAGACCGAGUUGGACGCCAUUGCUGGCAACCCGAAUCAUGUUUACCAGGUCAGUGGAUUUGACGGUUUGAAUACACUGGUCGACCCCAUCCUCACGGGAACUUGCGAUGCCACUGGGACCAUGGCCCCUCCCACAGCCGCCAGCGGUGCUUCGAACCUGACAGAGACAUGCGUGGACACCAUCAAGAACUGUGACGGUUACGUAAGGGCCUACGCCAGUGCCGGAGGUUACUGUAACACGUACAAGACCCAGGCCCAGCAACAGUGUCCUUUUACUUGUGGCUUCUGCACCA